AGCUUGACGUAUUCGGCACUUUUUUUUUAAUAGAUUUUUUUAGAAGUGGCGAUUUUUGGGGGGCACUGACGUAGCUAGCUGCUUACUCGCAAGAAGCCGACGUUCAUUUUGAAUGAGUCAAGACGACGUUGCUGACUUUUUUUUCCGACUUCACUGACGUUUAAUUUUCAUAGUUCAAAUUAAUCCCUCGAGUAACAUUGAGUUAAUGGCGUACUUUCAACCGAUUAGGCCUUGCUAUCCGCUAACUUUGCUCGUCCGAGGGACGCCUCACUGGCCGACUUUAAGUCCCGUGGGUGAUUUUUCAACCGAGCCUCCAUUUUAUCACGCACAGGCUAAUGCAACGCAUCGACGAGAAUCUGACUUGAGGCCCACUUAUCCUGAGUACCACGAGUUUUCAGAAAAUACAAAAAAGUUCUUUUUGCAGAUCGCUCUCUAUAAUUUUGUGGCGGCUCAUCCGAACAUUGCUUUUCGUGACCCCAAGUUAACCGCCUGGCGCUUGAAUUUGCCACCUGAAUACAGACAGCUCAUACAAGAUGAAGAAGAUCUUUUCCAUUUUAUGCAAAGACACCCUGCAAUAGAACUGAUCUUCCAACAGGCUUGUUUGAUGCAAAAGCCGCAAGUAUUAUUGCAAACAUCCCCUAAAGAGUUCAAGGGAAAUUUCACAGAGAAAGUGUGGCCGUGCCCUGCUGGCUGCAUGGCCAACGUUGAAGACGGCUUCCAAACCAUCUACAACAGACCGCGAAUGGAGAGACCAACAUUUCACCUAAGGGAGCGACAACAGGUAUCAGUUCGAGCACAGUCCAGUGCUCGUGGUGUCACGCAGGGUCUGCCUGACUUCUCUCUGGACUUGGAGCAAAGUAGAUGCCAUCAGCAAGGAAAACAUCCACCAUAUAGCCAGAUGUCUGCGGCACCUGACAGAUGGAACAAUUCAGCUGAUGACAUCAAUUUACAGUCUGAAUGGCAGCCGUUCGAAAUUGAGCUCCAGCCAAAGCUCUACGGCUUGAUACGAGAUGAAGUUAAGUCUAGUAAGAAAACUGGUCUGCAAGUUCCACCUAAAGAAGGCCACUUCCAGAUAUCCGCUGAGGGAAAUAAAGAGGAGAUUUCCCCAGAGCACAGUAUCGAAAAUAUGAAAGGUGACUCAAGGCAUGCCAGCCUCAUUCAGGAAGACAGCGGCCUAAUCAUUGCUGUUCAGGAGUCGGCACUAGCCAGAGAGGCUCAAUUUGUCAGUGAAGCAGCUGCAUCCAGCAGCAACACUUGCGUAGUAGAGCAGAAGAUCAGCACUGCAGAUAAGUGCACCUCCACCGUGCCUUGUGUUGCCUCUUGUGAGAUCAUGGUGAGCACACCAUUCACCAAGCACUCCUCGUUGUUCACCCAAACUGAAGAGCUGCUCAAAGCCGACAAGGCUGUGCUUACCGAUUUGCACAUGUCUGAUCUGGAUGAUUUUCUUAAGGAAUUUAGCAAAUUUAUGGUGGACCAGGAAGUGGCACGGAAAAAAGAGGAGAGUCUGCAUCAUCCACAUCGAAACCAAUGCGACUGCGUCGUUCGUGCUCAGAAGGCAGAGCUAAGUGUGCUGGUCCUGCAGUACCACAUGUACCGACAGCACUGCAGCAAUUCUCAACUGUCAACUGAGUCUCCAGCCAAUAUUAUGGAUGUUCUCCAAAAAUUGGAAUCUGACUACACGAAGAUGAGAGAUAAGAUUCUGGCAGGGAUUCCUCUGGAUCACCUCAAGCCUUUGACUCUAGAUUGUGACCAGAGAAAUCCCAGGGUGGACUGGGGCAAAUCCAGAAGCACCAGCAUGCCCAUCUCCUGGGAGAACGGGGUCACCUUUAAAGCAAACACUCCCGAAGAAAACCAAUCAGGUGCAUGCAAAGAGCUGAACACGAGUGAGGUGUGGUAUGACGCUGAGGAAGACCUUUAUCCAGUCUCAGUGUUUGCUGAAGGGAAAGAAGAGUCAGAGGAAAUGUCAAAUGAAUUGUCCAAGGAAGAGGAAAUGGCUUCUGGACUUGGUGUUCCUAACAUAGCCAACAAUGUGAAUGAGAAAAGCUUGGGGGUUAGCAGCACACCCAAACCAAGGGCACCAUUUGUGUCCCAGCAGUAUGGCACCAUGGCCGCGUACGACACCCUGAUGGCUGAGCUGAAGCGCUUCCACCCGGGCGUGGCAAAGCGCAACAUUCUGAGCGCUUUACAGGAGCUGUGGGACAUUUACCAAGCUGACCUCUGCCCUCUGCCCCUCAGCACUAUCAGGCAAAUAGCAUCCAACCUCAUUAACAAGCCAGCGAAUGUGAUGCCUCCUCAAUAAAACUUUUGGUUGACAAAAAAAAAAAAAGACAUUUAUGUUUGACCGUUGAAAGUCAUUAUCCAUCCACAAGGUUUUGAAUUCACCAGUUGUUUAUAAAUUUGGUUCAAUUUUGGCGCUGAUGCCACUGGGUUGCGUUACAUUUGUGUUAUGACUGUUUAUGCUUUCAGGAGUUUCCUCUGCCAGUAUGCUGUUACGUUCCCAUAUAGCUGUGUUAAAAGAGUUUGUAUGCUGCUCCAUUUGUUUUUUCUUGCCAUUAAAAUCAAAAUGGAUUGA